GGUCAAAAUCGAAUNCUACCAAUCCAACUUCCUUGCCUCCUGAUGCUGCAACUGAAAUUGGAGGGAAAGCUGUUGAGCUCAGAAGUUAUAUAGACCCAACAAAAGGUAUACUGGACAAUGAUUCAUCACUACACACUCAGUUGUGGAUAGAUCCUACUGAAGAGUUUGUGCAGUACAAUCAUAUCGGAAACCCUGUGGAUGUGACCUUUGGAGUGAAGGAAUCGAAGGCCUUCCUUUCUUUCUGUGAGGGAUGUGAAGUUGACAUACACUUCUAUUUUGAUAAAGCUGGCGAGCCAAUUCUAAUGACGCCAAAAUUUGGUUUAGAUGAUGGCUCGAUCUCAACUUUUGAUGCCACCUUGGUACUUGCAACCAUGCUUAUGUCCCAGCUCAAUACUGCUGGCUCCUCUGAAAAUCCACAAGUUGCUGGCACUUCCCACGGUGAGGCUAAUGAUGGAAGACAGGCCCCACCCCAGGAGAGAUCAAAAGGGAAUUCUGGGCUUCCAUCUGAUCAGACCAGGAUUUGGUCCGAUCUUUCAGGAAGCAGAACAAAAGGUGGUAAUGGUGCUGAACCUGGAGGGGGUAGAAAUGAAAAUGAUAUUGAACUAAGGGAAAUUCACCGAAUUGGUGCAAUACACAUUUCUGAAGCUGGAGCUGCUGGAAGAGAUAUGUCUGAUAUACAUAAUGACUUCCCUUCUGAGGACAGAAAUCAUUUGGAAGAACCUCAAGGCAUGACAGAUUUGAAAGGUCAUGCUUCUCAACACCAUCCUAGUAACUGGGUAGAUGCAGAUGACGACGAUGAUGAAGAAGAUGAGUCGGAGUUGUGUGUUCAAUCAACGCCUCCAUAUCAUUAGGAAUACAGCAACUCCAGUUGCUCUGUAAUCCUUACAGGCAAUUGUUUAUUGGUGAUGUCUGUUGUCAGUAUGUACAGUUGUCCUCCCAAUGCUCCACUAAUCUGACUUUGCACUUGGUUCCCUCUUACCUAAGCAGUCCUCUAUGGUUAAAUCAUGUUUACCAUGAAUUAUAUUUGGCCUGCAAGCAUAUAUGAUGAUACAGCUCAUUAGUUUAUCUUUUGAAAA